AUGGACACAUUGAAAGAGCAAGCUAUGAUAAAUCAGUUUGUAAUGGCUGCUGGUUGUGCCAGAGACCAAGCAAAACAACUUUUGCAGGCGGCACAUUGGCAAUUUGAGGUAGUGUGCGGAUUGUUUUGAUUACGACUUGAGCGAUGCGGCUUGACUAAUUUUAAGAUCAUACCUCGCUUUAUUUCUUCAUCUAACUGAGCUAGCGAUGGUUAAGCUAAUUUUUUGCUUCUUUUCUGUGUUCUAGACCGCGUUGAGCUUGUUUUUUCAAGAAGCGGCGAUUCCUUCACAUUCACAACACAACGCGGUAAGUCGAACGGUUUAUAAACCUUUCCGUGCAAUAUCUUUCGUUUUGUCGUUGAUGUUUCGUUUUCUUCUCUUUCAGCUCGUAACCCCAGCGAAUACGCCAGCGACGCCACCAAACUUUCCCGACGCCAUGGCAGCAUUCUCAAAACUUCAGACUUCCGAUACUAGCCCUAAAACACAGACUUUAAACGUGAAUGUGAAUCAUCAAAGAGUGAGGUGAUGUUCUAACGCAAUGUUGUUGUCAUCUUGCACCGUUCAUUUGUGUUUGUAUAGUUCCGCCGUACCUUUCUUCAGCGCAGCAUUACUGGAACCUUUUUAUAAAAAUGUGUUAACAGAACAGAACAAAAUUUGAGGAUUUGCUGGGAACAGUAAGCUACGAAUCAAGAUAUGGAAAGGGCAGAAAUGUUUUGGAGUUCGUGGAUAGUGCCAGCCUGUGUCCGGCAUUACAAUUCAACAGAAUUCAACUGUUUAAAUGGGAGUAUUGAUGAUAAUGAGCGAAGUCGCUGAGACUUUGAAAAGACUGAGAAAAUCCACCUUAAGCAAAUAGAACAUUUUGUUUAAGCUUAUAAUUCCUGUGGAAUCCAACGUAAGCUUUGAAAUUUUUCGAGAACUUUGGCCGUUGUGAUGAGCAGAGUGAAACAUACAAGCUGAACGCCUUGUGAAACUGACCACGAGCAUUCCUUUGGCUUUAUGUAUAAUUUAUGAGGAGUUGAAAUCGAAAAAAACCCAGUCAGUCCUGCUAACGGUUUUGAAAUUUUGUUUUGCAAAACUGUUGAGAUAACAAUCUAAUUUAAACGAUUACAGUAAAAUUUAGAGAGCAGUGUCUGCGUAGAAUAUUGAUGUCUGCACGGUUUACUUCAUGAACACGAGCUUUAAAAUUUGUGUCGUAUCUGUAAACUCUUUCUUUGUUUCUCGCACUUCUCAGCAUUGUUUACUUCAAUCAUUUUUCAUUCGAUUUAAAUAAUUUGAUGGGGUUAAGUCUUAACGCCUAGACGCUAAUCUAACUGGUUCGAAUAUUGCAUAUGAGCUUAGCGGCAAUUAUUAAAUUUUUGUCGUUCUCCGGAUGAGACAAUCUCGAGGAUUUUGAUUUCCGGACUUUGGAAUGCGGUUGUUGUCAUAUGCAAAACCACAUGGGUCAUUUGAAAAACUAGAUGUUGUUGUUUGUUCCUGCCACUGAUAUCAUUAAAGCAAGAUUACCAGGACAAUUUGUUAGUUUUCAACGGGUAUAAAUAUCCAGCUGGGGCAUUUUUUAUAAUAUAUAUUUUCUACAAGUGAAAUACAAGAGGCCAAGGUCAGACUUUCUGUCGAGUAAUUAAUAACAUCAGAUCAAUAUCGCCAUUAUUUCUUCAAG